UCACGCCAAGAACACACUGUUGGAGAGACCUCUGAAUCAAUGGCGUUUUAUUGCAAUUUCAACAGCACAGAUCUCUCCUCGUUUACCCUCUGCAAAUCCCCCAAAUUCAACUGCAGAACCUCUUCUCUCUUCCCAAAAUUUCAAUCCAUUCAUAAACUGUCGCCAUUUGUGGUCCGUUCCAUCGCUACCUCCAGUGAUUCGAACGGAGAUGGCGGAACGUCGCCCGAGGUUGAGAGUAAAAAGAAGAGACUGUCGGAGCAGUCGUCGUGGGAGGCGAAGGAUGCGGAGGGGAAUGAUUACUUGUACAGGCUUGGUAAAGAGUCUGAAAACAUGAAUAUAGCCGUCGGUGCUAGGGCUGGUGUUAUUGAUGAUCUCUUCAUUGGAGAUUUCCUCGGCAAGGACUCUGAUAUUGUGUUCGAUUACCGGCAAAAAGUAACCAGGUCGUUUGAGUACCUCCAGGGUGAUUAUUACAUUGCGCCCCUUUUCAUGGAUAAAAUUGUAGUCCACAUCGUGAAGAACUAUAUUGCUCAUCUUCUCAAUAUCAAAGUUCCCUUGAUUUUAGGUAUCUGGGGAGGAAAAGGGCAAGGAAAAACAUUUCAAACUGAACUUAUUUUCCAGGCCAUGGGAAUUUUGCCUGUGAUCAUGUCUGCUGGAGAGUUGGAAUCAGAGAGAGCUGGAGAACCAGGUAGAUUGAUACGUGAUCGGUAUCGUACUGCAUCUCAAGUGAUUCAGAAUCAGGGGAAAAUGAGCUGUUUGAUGAUCAAUGAUAUCGAUGCGGGUCUUGGUAGAUUUGGAAACACUCAAAUGACCGUCAACAAUCAAAUAGUUGUUGGCACACUGAUGAAUUUGUCAGAUAAUCCUACAAGGGUUAGCAUUGGACAAGAUUGGCGGGAAUCAGAUAUCACAAACAGAAUUCCUAUCAUUGUUACAGGAAAUGAUUUUUCAACAUUAUAUGCUCCGUUGGUUCGCGACGGGCGGAUGGACAAGUUCUACUGGCAGCCUAACCUCGACGAUAUCAUAAAUAUUGUUAACAGAAUGUAUGAGAAAGAUGGCAUAUCAAAGAAUGAUGUUAUAAGCUUAGUGAAAACAUUUCCUAAUCAAGGUAUGUACACAUUCUUUGCCAUAUUUUAUUGGCAUGCUGCAUCAUCGUACAUUUAAUUGUUCUGAAUUUAUUUGUAUUCAUCGGUUUCCUUUUUAUGCUUAAGCAUUUUUACAUGGUUUAAUAUUGCAAUCUGGUAUAGAAGCUAAACUAUACAUGCA